CCUUCCCUCCUGCGUCUCCUCGGACUGCUACGCUAUCCGUGUUGUUGUUGAAGCAAUGAUGGCGGCAGCGGGAUGCGGACCAGCAACCGCGGCUGCCGUGGGAGGACAGGGUGGUGGUACUGCUGCUGCGGCUCGGGGUCGUUUCCCCGGCCGGCCUCGCUAUUCUCGCAGCCGUCUGCACUCCGACAAGCGAUGGCAACUCGGGCGAUCGGGACCAGAAGCGGACGACGUGACCCACGGAGGCCCGAGGCCCGCCAACCCGCCGCCGUGCCUCGCGUUAAACGAAGACCCGUCUCACUGGCGCCUGCUGGGGAUAGAGGCGGACCACAAGCGCCUCGGUCAGGCCGGGUGGGACAGCUCGAGUGGGAGUGAAGAGGUGAGGUCCCAAACCCACUCAGGAGGUGAUGACUUCAGAGGGUUUGAAGCUGAAAGAAAGGGGUAUAAAGGACCCCUGCGGUCACGAAAGAACCCCACUAAAGGUGAUCCUGUCAGCACCAAAUCUAAGAGGCAGAAAGAGAAGCCUCCGCCUGACGAGGGGGAAGGUGGGACGGGGCUUUCCGUUCAAGACCCUGAGAACGAUGUAAACCCUGCACUGGAGGCCUACACCUUGUUUCCUGACACGGAGCCAGCCAAGGACGGCAGGAAGGGAUGUCCGAAAGGAAAAAAUGCUACGGAGAGACAAUCCACCAAAAAUGGAGCCUCCAUAACUUCCCCCCGGAUUACCAUCAAGCUGGUGGCCAAGAAGAAGGUGAAAAGUGAAAAGGGGGCUCAUAAGAAGACGAUGAGGAAGUUGAAGAUUAAAGGAUUUCAGGAUCAGGAGCAAGCUAAGGAGAUUCAAGGUGACCAGAUCUCUAGUGCUCACGUCAAAUUAAAAACGGAGCCCCCCAACGAUAGACACGACACCGGGGGGGAAGACGCCGAACCGACCAGGCGACGAGGGAGGUCUGCAGCGAAGACGGCGUCCCCCGGUGUCGAGGCGAGUGCCAAAGCGGAGGUGGACGACCAAAUAGUAGAGGAGGGAAAGCCAGACGACCAACCCGACCGGGCGUCUGAGAGCGGAAAAGCCGAACCUGAAUCGAAUUCGGAUAAAUUCGCGCCGAAAUCACAGAAGACCCCGGGGAAAAUCACAGAUGGGGAUAAACCGUUCCGUAAGAGGAGUAGAGCUAGGAACGCAGCCCCUAAAACGGCCGUAGAUUGUGCGGUUGAACCAGAAGAUCAGAGUACAAACAAAGUUAGCAUGGCUGAAUCAACAUUAAGGGUUUCCAGGACAGAGCAGACCAAACCGUUAGGUGGGAGGGAAGGCCGGAGGCAGAGCAAGAGGCUAAACAAGGACAUCACAAGACCAGACGUCGAUGAUAAAUUAUCUGUGUUUCCCGAUAAGGGAAAUGAAACUGGUGAUGAUGUGGAGUCAGAUAAGGAGGAAAUGAGAAUACCAGGAUUUAAAUUGUUCCGAAUUAGGAAUCCCAAAUUGGACAUCCCGGCGAAGAGGGCUCGAAAGAAAAAGAGGAGCAAGUUUGUCUGGACCAUCACACUGGUGAAAGGCGAAAGCCAAGCACAGGACACUGACACUUCCAUUCCAUUGGCGGAGGAGAAAAUGGGGCCUGAUGUGAAGUCUUCCACUCUUUCUGAGACCAGUGUCAUUAAAUGUUUAGGCGGUUCAGAGAAAAAUGCAGACAAAGCAAAUUCGGAUCUACAGAAGAUCGACAGAGCGGAUACAUACAGUGAGAACCGUUCCCUGCUGAACAGUGCCGUACCGUCAGAGGACAAGUCCUCCUUACAGGUGGAAGUUGAAGUGGAGCAAACAUCCCAUUCCAGUUCCCAAGACGGCCCCAAAGCAGACUGUGGGAAAGUUCCACCUCUUCAGAUCAAGAAGGUCUCGUCGCCAGGUAAACACAAAAGCUCCAAGCCCUCCUUUUUAAUUCAGCAAGCCAGCCCUUUCAUCGAGGAGAAGGACGAGGACGUUAAAGAGUCCGUGGAGGUCAAGGAGGAGGAGAAGCAAGGGUGUGAGGAAGCCCCGGAGAAGCCCCCGGAGUUGCCCACAAGCAGGCUGAGGAGAAGACCACCCAACCCCACCUUCACCCUGCCAACCAAAAAGUGUAGCGCCCCCAAGCCAUCGCUGACUCCGAAGCGACGGCUGAGAACGAGUAGAGAUGAUGACAGUACGCCUCAAGUUCUUGCGGAGAACUCCACUGCAGCUCCGACUGAAGGUGACACAUCUUCUAACGUACCCCAAGAAGUCCCCUGUCCCCAGGCCGUGUCUGAGGAGACCCCGCCACUCCUCUCAGAAGCUGUGGUUCCAGAGGCGGUCGUCGCGGAGGCCGUGGUUCCCGAAGCAGUCGUCCCUGAAGUGCCGGUCGUUCCUGAAGUUCCGGUCGUUCCUGAAGCUCCGGUCACUGAAGCCCCAGUCUCGAAGAAAGCUUCCGAGGAUCCUGAUCCAGAUCCUCCUCAUCCCGUUCUGAUGGAGGGCCCAGCGCAGGCUGAGAUGAACGAGGCCAAGCCGCCGCUGAGCGAGGUCAAGUCUUUGCAGCCCAAAGCGAGGAGACGGAAAACCAAGCUCUCGUCGAGGAAGAGGAAGAAGUCCGCGUCGUCGGAGGUCGUCUCCACCAAGGAGCCGACGACGUUGGAGGCCGCUGGUGCGCAAGAGGUGGAAAGUAAUAGCGCUUUGUCUCAGGUAAAAGAAGCCGCCGCUGUUGUUUCUCAGGAGUGUGAACAGACGGAGGUGCAGGAGGACGACACUGUGUCUGAGGAGGCUGAGGUGAGAGAUCUCCCCGUGGUGAAAGAGGAACCUGAAAUCCACGCCAUCGAUAACAUCGAGUCGGUCGCCGUGCCAACCGAGCCGUCAUCCAUUGGUCUUCAGAAAUCAUGUCUACCGAAGAAACCGAGCAAACCUGGGAAAAAGAGACGGCGAAGUUUGAUCGGACAGCGUCCGAAGCAAAAGCAGAGGUCCAGGAAACAAAUGGAUUCUGAUGACCUCUUCCCUGAGAUCCCACUGAGUGAGAACCUCGACCUGUUUGAGGAUUUCCCCGACCUCACUGCGUUGUCCACGACGCAGUCCUCUCGAUCGAAAUUAAUUGGGGUGCAUAAAAAGUUCAAAAGAAGGCAAAAAGGUCUGAAGAUGCUUGGCUCCAAAAAGCCCAAAUCCCAAUCCAAGAAAAUAUCAAAAAUUGUAGAAAUGGUGUUUGACAAGGAAGACCUGAAGCAGGAAGAAACCGACACGUUGGUAGACGAUAGCCAGUUGGACGUGCUCGACGCUCAGCCCGGAAAAGCAAAGUUCCUCAAGAACAUCAAACACUUCAUCAUGCCGGUGGUCAGCGCUCGCUCCUCCCGCGUCAUCAAGACCCCACAGCGGUUCAUGGACGACGCCGGCAUGUCUGUGUUACCACGAAGGAACUCUCCAAAGAAAGGGCUACAUCUGGGUCUGCCACCGCCGCCGCCACGGCCGGUGAAGAAACUGGAGGAGGAGGAGGAAGAGGCGGAGGCGGCGGCGGCGGCGGCGGCGAGGGAGCUCUCCCCAUGCCUGCCUCUGGAGGAAGACCUCCUGGGAGACGCUCACUUCGAUGUGGACCUGUUCUCCAUCCAGGGCCUGGACGAAGUCGACGCGGACGUCGGCGGGAAGGUCCUCUUUGAGAAGAGGACUGCAAAGUCUGGGAAGAGGAGGUCGCUACUGAGGAACCCCAGCUUCAAGUGGCACGUGCCGGGCGAGUCCGGGGAGGAGGUGUACACGCUCUCCAAACCGGCCGAGGGCAAGUUCGAGAAUACGUUUUCGCCCAGCGCGUUUGAAUUGCCUCCCUCGCCGUCGAGCAACAGCCAGACGGUCCCGAAGAAGAAGCGACCGUCGAAGUUCAACAAGCAGGCGGUCCACCUCAAGAUCUACAAACGGCUGAAGAAGCUGCACCCGGGACUGCCUCGGAGCAAAAGCAAAGCGGUGACGGAGAGCUUCAGGAGCAGACCGCCCCCGCCGCCCGUCGACCUGGCGGAGGGGCUGGACGACGAGGUGAAGAGCAUCAGCCUCCGACAGAGGACCACCAACACGGAGAAGGGCAAGGCCAAGCUGAAGAUCGAGGACCUCGACAGCCCCGGCGUGGUCAGGAAGGUGUCUGUGUGCGUCCGGACAGGCUCCAAACUUCUCGCGCUCAGCGACAGCGGGCCCCUGCGCUUCACCGGGAAAGAGGAGCCCGCGGAGCUGUCUGCCAAUGAGUUUGGCGUCACGGACGGACUCGACCAUCCUGAGUCCGAGGAGAAAGGAGCGUCACAGAAGAUGCGGCUCACCGGUGCAAACAAGCGUAUGUUCAACCUCCUGAAGAAGGCCAAGGUCCAGCUCAUUAAAAUCGACCAGCAGAAGCAGCUCAAAUCAUCAGGGCUGCUGUCAGGCCCGUCCGGCGCAACGGCCAGAGACGUCACCUCCAAGAGACGGCGGAGGAAUCGAAAGGAUCCGCCCGUGGACCAGGUCCCUGUCAAAACGGAACCGCCCCAAGGACAGCUCCAGAUCGUGUCUCCGCUGUGCCAGGAGUUCCGCCGGGCGGGCGGGCCACGCAUCAAGCACGUGUGCCGGGCGGCGGCGGUGGUCCUGGGGCAGCCCCGGGCCCUGGUGCCCGACGACAUCCCCCGGCUCAGCGCCCUGCCGCUGCACGAACGCACGGGGAUCUCGCCGUCAGACAUCGCUAAAGAUGUCGGGUCUCCGUCGGAGUCGGACAGCCCGGCGCUGUCGGACCAGAAGGUCACCAAGGUGCGGAAACCGUCCAGCUUCCUGAAGAGGAAAGGCCUGGGGCCGUUUGGCUACCGCUCCAAGAGGUGCGGCAUCUGUAAGGGCUGCAACCACGAGGACGACUGCGGCAAGUGCAUCAACUGUAUGGACAAGCCCAAGUUCGGCGGGCCCAACACCAAACGCCAGUGCUGUGUGUACAAGAGAUGCGAUCAGAUCGAGGAGCGCAAGGCUCGGCGCCUGAGCGGGAAAAUCGUUCCGAAAGGUCCCUCUAAACGCAGGCGCGCGUCGCUGAGUGCCGGUCACUCCAGUAACGAGGAGGGGGACGAGGGCUCCCCGGGGGGUCUCCCUGCCGACGGUCAAAGCCUGUCCGUUAGGAAGCAGCCCAAGCGUGUGGUCAAGCCCCGCAUCUACUUCGACCUGCUGGACUACGACUCGGACCUGGACAUCAAGGCGGCGCCCAGCUCCACGUCGCCGGCCCGCAGGCGGGGCCACGGGCCGCGCUUCAACCAAGAUUUCGUGUCUCUGGACGGCUUCCUGGGGGACAUCUCGGACGAGGAGGUCCGUCACCGCCGGUCCAGCUCGCACCGCGUCACUCCGUGCCGCCGCAAGGCCGACAAGGCGCCCCUCGAGGAGACCCCGCCCAGUGUCCUGGCCGCCCUGGCCCACGGCUUUGAGCAGCGGGACCAAGAGCCCUCGGAACCGACCCAUAAGAUUCGGGUGGACUUCAAGGAGGACUGCGCCCUGGAGAACGUGUGGUCGAUGGGUGGCCUCAGCAUCCUGACCUCCGGCCCACCCCUGCCGCCCUGCGUCUGCCUGCUCUGCGCCAGCAAAGGACAACACGAGAUGCUCUACUGCCAGGUGUGCUGCGAGCCCUUCCACGGGUUCUGUCUCGACCCGGCCGAGCGGCCGUCGGAGGAGAACAAGGAGAACUGGUGCUGUCGACGGUGCAAGUUCUGUCAUGUGUGCGGCAAGAAGAACAAACAGUCAAAGGCUCUGUUGGAGUGUGAUCGCUGCCAGAACUGCUACCAUGACUCCUGCCUGGGCUCCAACUAUCCGAAGCACAACAAGAAGAGGAAGGCGUGGGUGUGCAUGACGUGCAUCCGGUGUAAAAGCUGUGGGGUCACGCCAGGGAAGAGCUGGGACACAGACUGGAAUCAUGACAAAGGCCUAUGCCCAGACUGCUCCAAGCUCUACGACCAGGGUAACUACUGCCCCAUCUGCUUCAAGUGCUACGAGGACAACGACUACGACAGCCAGAUGAUGCAAUGCGGCACAUGCAACCACUGGGUGCACGCUAAGUGCGAGGAUCUCACGGACGACCUCUACGAGAUCCUGUCCAGCCUCCCCGAGAGCGUGGUGUACUCCUGCCGGCCCUGCAGCCUCACGCAGCCCAGCGCGUGGCGGGAGCUGCUCUACAUAGAGCUACGGGCCGGCGUGGAGAAGGUCCUGGCCUGCCUGCUCUCCUCCACGCUCACGCAGCACCUGGUCACCUGCUCCCAGUGUGCCAACUCGGUUGUCCCUGACGGCGCCUUGGAGGUGCAGCCCGCCUGCGAUCUGCGGGCGGUUGGGAAGAAGUUUGACAAAGGCCUCUAUACGACUCUGAAAACCUUCCAUGAGGAUGUGGUGCAAGUGGUGCGCAAGAGGCUGGAGGAAGAGGAGGAGGAAGAUAUCCCCAUGGACAGGAGGCCCACGGCCCUCGCGCGCUCCUAUUACCUAAAGCUGCUGGAGGAGGUGUUCAACUGGUUCAACAGCCAGGAUCCUAAAGUGUGGGACCCACUCACCAAAGAAUUGCCCUUGGGCAUGCUGACCCACGCGGUGCACCCCCCCACCACGGAGCACGUGUACGCCCAGUGGCAGGAGCGGGAGGAGACGCGGCCUCCUCUGGGGGCGCUGCAGGACGUCCGGAGGGACGGGGCGUGCCGGCCCCCCCUCGGGGUGCUGCAGACCCUGCAGGUGAAGCAGGAGGAGGUGGCCUCCCCGCUGUCCAGCGACUCUCCCCUCAGGACCCACGGGAAGAACAGCAAGGCCUCCAGGCUCAAGUUCAAAGGUAAACGGGGUCGGCUCUCGAAGGCGGACCUCGACACCGGGUGGUCCAAAGAAGACGAGAGGCAGUGCUCCCUGUGCCAAAAGUAUGGAGACGCCAAACCCAAUGAAGCGGGCCGGUUGCUGUACCUGGGCCAGAACGACUGGGCCCACGUCAACUGCUGCCUCUGGUCGGCGGAGGUGUUUGAGGAGGACGACGGCUCGCUGCUCCACGUCCACAGCGCUGUCACCCGCGGCCGCCUGAUGCGAUGCGAACGCUGCAACCAGACAGGGGCCACGGUGGGCUGCUGCCUAACCUCCUGCCAGAGCAACUACCACUUCAUGUGCGCCCGGUCCCGCCACUGUGUGUUCCAGGACGACAAGAAGGUGUACUGCUACAAGCACCGGCAGCUCCUCAGCGGCAAGAUGGUGACAGGGCAGGCCUUCGAGGUGAAGAGACGGGUCUAUGUGGACUUUGAGGGCAUCAGCCUCCGCAGGAAGUUCUUGACGGGGCUGGAGCCAGAGUCAAUCAACAUGGUGAUUGGCUCGUUACAGAUUGAAGAGCUUGGCGUACUUACAGAGCUGUCAGCCAGUAAAGAUAAGCUGUUUCCUGUAGGCUUCCAGUGCUCUCGUCUGUACUGGAGCACGGUGAACCCCCUGCGACGGUGUAAGUACACCUGCACGGUUCAGGAGUUGCGCCCCCCCGUGCCCGAGCACCCUCCAGAGGAGACGCCCGACCGAGGGCACAACCAUACUACUGCUCACAGCCCCCCCCUGCCGUCUGAAAUCAAAGCCCAAGAGCCCGACGGAGCAGACAUCCAGUCUUCUACGGAGGUCCCACCUCGGCCUGAAACGGGAGCCAAGCCAAAGAUUCCGAGUUAUCCCCAGGCUAGGAGGCCAGCUGGUGGCAUGUCCCGGCCUCUCCCAUCACCAGGAGUGAUCCAGAUAAAGAAGCCCCACCACAUCCUGACCAUAAGCGACCUGGAAGAGACGCGCCGGCCGCGGCGCCACAGCCCCCACUCCCAAGCCCCCACGCUCCGAACCCACCUCCCCCCGCCCCCCCUCUCAGGGCCCAUCACGCUCCGCGCCACCGGGAAGUCCUCCCUCCCGGCCCCCUUCCCCCUCGGUGCUACUGACAACCUGCUGACCUCUCCGUCCCCCCGCCCCGUCGGAGGACGGGCCGCCUCCUCCAUCCGUUGCCCGGGGAACACGAUUUCCCACUCUACCUCAGCGUUGUUCCCUCACUCGUCGUCGUGGCAGGAAGGCUCCGAAGGCCUUCCCUCGCCGGGCCUGUCCUUCCCGGUCGCCCUGCAGCACUCCCCCCGGCCCCGCCUGACCUUCGACCUGGGCCAGCCAGACUCCGUGGAGGUGCCGCACAACUUCCUGGCGUCGCCGGACCCGGAGGAGGUGUCGGCGGCGAACGGCGCGUCGCCCCUUGGGGGGUCGGGUGCGCACAAGGACCAGGCCUUCCCCUUCGGGCCGGACGCGGCCUUCUGCUCGGAGCUCAAGACGGAGCUGGAGAUCGAGGAGACGCUGCUGGACGAGGGCGUGGCCAUGAACUGCGGCGGGCAGAUCGUUGUUGAGGGCGACGGCCAGGAUCAGUUCUGGAGGGGGACCCGCGAGGCGCCCAAGAGGACGCGUGUGGCGUCCCACUCCCGCUGCGCCGUCAAGGAAGACUCGUCGGACGACGACAUGGAGCACUACUUUGACUUCUCCCGGACGAUUGUCAGCUGCCCCGCCUCCAGAGAGCAGCCCAAGUCCCCAACCUCCCCCUCGGUCCGGCCCAUCCCCCAGCUGGACGGCGUGGACGACGGCACCGAGAGCGACGCCAGCAUGGCUAACAGCGAGGACACGGACAAACUGAAGCCCUCCAGCCACGCCCAGAUCCCGGCCAAGAACCUCAAGAUGCUUCCUGAGUCCCCAACUGCGAGCAACGGGCCCAGUGCCGACGCGGAGAGCCCGGUUCCUAAAGCGUUGCCCAAGCUCACGGACGCCCCCUCCGCCGCCAUGUCAUCCACGAGCCAAACCCCGAGCGACGCCUUUCUUCUGGACCCGCCCAAGUCCGAGGACUUUACGGAUUUGAAAAACGCCGACCUGAACACCCUCUUCUCUUCGAUCGUCCCCAUGAACAUGAAGGGCCCUGGGAGCGUGUAUCAGGAGGAGUUAUUCCCAGGGUCUAGUAUAGACCUGUCUGGAACGCCGCUCCUCUUGGAAAGGUGCGACCAUGCCUCUCCCAACACCCGGUUGACUGAGUUGGAGACCCACCAAUCUGAAGCCUCCAAGCCCCUGUUCUUGGGUCCUGACAGUAGCGGUUACAUCCCAACCACCGAUGUGUCGACGGUUUACAUGAACCACUUGGCGAAUAACAGCGGAGAGCUAUCGUUGACCAGUCCUCCCGUGAGUAAACCGGGGUCGUUGUUGGAUCUCCUGCAGCCCUCGUCUCUCAUGGCAACUGACCUCCCCAACCCGUCUCCAGUGAACGUCGAUCCUUCACAGAUGACUUCACCACUGCCUAGUUUCAGUCAGCCCCCUCUGCCAAACAUAACGCUCCAGAGUGUGACGUCCUCACAAGACUCGAUGUCCAUGCCGCCGUUGGAAUCCUUCUGUGACAAGCUGACCACCCUCACGGCGGUCGGGGACGUCACACAGAUUCCCCUGAACCUCGUCCCUCAAAACGACCCCCUGUUGUCCGCCACGUCCAGCACCAUCCACUCAGUCGGGAUAUACGGAUCGGUUCCUCUGCCCAUGUACCCAUGUAGUCAAGCACAGCCGCUGGGUUGUACCGCAAUAAGCAUCGUCUCCGCCUCUCCUUCCAUAUCCUCUGUGCCUACUGGACUGUUGACUCAGGGUCCAUCCACUCUGUCGCUGGGCCAGCCAAGCGCCGGUCCCGUGCUGCUGAACGGCUACAGCACGUCCUCCCUGCAGAAAGAAGCCGCCACCUCGUUCUCUAUCAACUUCGCCAGUCCCCGGCCGGCGCUGGAGCCCCAGCAGCCCCUGGUCCACCAGGCGCUGCCCGGUCACGCCAUCCUUACCGUGAAAGAGGUGGGCGGUCCCAACGUGGAUUCUACGCCGCACGUGCUGCUGGUGAACCGGCUUGGCCAGAUCUUUGUGAAGAACCCGGAGAGCAACAACUUUGAGCUGCCCACCACCGGCUCCGCAUCGUUCAACUGCGUCACUCAGAUUGCCAGCCUCCUGCAGAACAACGCCCUCUCGGCCACGCUGGCCGCAGCCGGCAACCUCACCCCCGCUGCCACCGGCGCCGCCAGCCUCACCCCUGCUCCCGGAGCGAGCGUUGCCACGGCCCUCCCCCAGAUCGGGACCCCCGCGGUUCAGAACCAGACCACCAUUGCUCAUCUGCUCACCCAUAACAGCAACGGGGCCACGGCCUCCGUUAAAGCCAAGAAGCCGAGGAAGAGCGCGAAGGCGUCGGGCGAGGGCCGGGCCCCCGAGAACAAGAAGCCCAAGAGGAAGAAGGAGCAAACCGCAGCCAGGAAGCCAAAGACUGUCAAGGAUCCAGUGCUUCCUACGCCCUUGAAGGAGAACCCUCCGAUCACGCCUGGUGAAAGUGCCCAAGCCAUCAUCAACCAAGCGAUGGCCAGCAACUACACCCCCAAGUGGAGCGGCCCCCGCACCCUGAGUCCUUCCACGCUGGUCCUGCCCCCAGGCCUGCUCAUCGAACCCCCGGUGCCGGCUGCGAAGCCGCCCCAACCGUCGUCGAUGUCGCGCCCACGGACCCACGUCCGCAUGAAGAGGGUGUCCUCGCUCUCGGACCGCACCGUCACCAAGAAGUCGAAGGUUGACUUCCUGGAGCCGGAGGCCCCCGUGGAGGCCCAGGACCACCACAGGCCCAGCUUCGCCAGCAGCCGGGCGUCCGGGGUCCGCAUCAAAACCCCCACGGUGAAGGGGGUGCUGAACCUGGACACCAUGAAGGAGGAGCGGCUCAGCGACUCGGACAGCUCACGGUCUUGGGACGCUCUGGCAGCAUCUCGGGGCGACCCUGGGAAGCCCCUCUCCUGGGAGACCACCGGACACAGCGGGCUCACGGACUGGAAGAAGUACUCAGGUGCUGCCUCCAGCUCCGACGACGAACCACUACCAUCGGAAGAAGAGGAAGAGAGCCCUCCCAACAAAGACCAGCCACAUCUGCGCUUCCAGAUCACCAGCGACGACGGCUUCAGCGUGGAGGCGGACAGCAUAGAGGUGGCGUGGAAGGCGGUCAUGGAGGGCGUGCAGGAGGCGCGCGCCAUCGCCAGGCUGAGGCAGCUCACUUUCUCUGGGAUGACGGGCGCCCGCGUGCUGGGCCUGGUGCACGACGCGGUGGUGUUCCUGGUGGAGCAGUUGCAGGGAGCCGGCCGCUGCCAGCGCCACAACUUCCGCUUCUUCAAGCAGUUCAACCAGGAGGACGACCUGCCCGUGAACCCCAGCGGCUGUGCCCGCUCGGAGCUCUACCUGAGGAAGUCGACCUUUGACAUGUUCAACUUCCUGGCCUCUCAGCACCGCCAGCUCCCUGACAUCGAGCUCUACGACGACGAGGAGGACGACGUCCUUCUCAAGUCCACCAGGAGAGCCACCAGCCUGGAGCUGCCCAUGGCGAUGCGCUUCAGACAUCUGGAGAAGACAUCCAAGGAGGCAGUAGGAGUGUACAGAUCUGCCAUCCACGGCCGCGGCCUCUUCUGCAAACGGAACAUCGAGGCUGGAGAGAUGGUCAUCGAGUACGCCGGCAACGUCAUCCGCUCGGUGCUCACCGACAAACGGGAGAAGUACUACGACAGCAAGGGCAUCGGCUGCUACAUGUUCCGCAUCGAUGACUUCGACGUGGUGGACGCCACCAUGCACGGCAACGCGGCCCGCUUCAUCAACCACUCGUGCGAGCCCAACUGCUACUCGCGCGUCAUCAACGUGGAGGGCCAGAAGCACAUCGUGAUCUUCGCCCUGCGCAAGAUCUACCGCGGCGAGGAGCUCACGUACGACUACAAGUUCCCCAUCGAGGACGCCAGCAACAAGCUGGGCUGUAACUGCGGCGCGCGACGCUGCCGCCGCUACCUCAACUGAGGGCCCCGCCUCUCUCUCUCUGAGGAGGAGGAGGAGGAGGAGGAGGAGGAGG